AUGACUAAUUUAUUGGGACAAAUUAAUAUGUAUUUUUCUAAAGUUGGACUUCCUCUGAUUGUCUUUAUCAGUGUAAUAGGCAACACGUUAAGCAUCAUUCUACUUGGUCGGUACAAUAUGCGAAAACAUGCAUGCACUCUUUAUUUUAUUGCACUUUCUUUAAAUAACUUACUAUAUUCGACUACUGUGCUCGUAGUUAGUCUAUUAGGCGAUGGAUAUCAAAUAAGAAUAAGUAUUCGAUCGUCACUCUCAUGCAAACUUGUUACUUAUUUUGGAACGGUUCUAUCAAUAUUAUCAGCUGCUUUUCUCGUAUUGGCUUCUAUCGAUCGAUGGUGGAUGAGUUUAGAACGACGCGUCUUCACUAAUGUUCGUACUGCUAAACAGUUGAUUUUUAUAAUUACAAUAUCGUUUUCAAUAUUAUUUAUCAUAUCUUUUAUAUCAGCUGACCUAUAUAAUAGCGACAUAGUUGGCUGUCGGAUUCAAGGUAGUCCAGGUUUUGUUCAGGCAUAUGGUAUCUUUCAAUUUAUUCUUUUCUCUUGUCUUGCACCUUUUCUCAUGUCACUGUUCGGUUGUAUGACUAUACGUAACAUAAAACGAAGCCGUAUGGUGACUUCAGGAUCUCGAACUGCUCGUCGAAUUGAAAAUCAACUUGUUCAAAUGUUGCUUGUUCAAGUAGGCGCUCAAGUAUUACUUAUUCUACCGCAAUGUGUAGUUAGUCUUCUUUUAUAUCUUCCCAUCAUUUACACACCAACGGCGGAUUUUUACUCAAUUUUUGUCAUGUGCCGAGUUAUAUUUCAAAUUACUUAUGCAACUCCAUUCUUUUUGUACAUUAUUUCUGCGCGUACUUUCCGGAAAGAUUUUAUUCAAUUAAUUAUCCAAGUAGCAUUGUGCCGUCUUAAUAACCAAAUCCAUGCAACUUGA